AUGGCCGAGAGGCAGCCCAUGCUCUCGUUUGCUAAGGUGGUCUCAGGCCAAACUAGCGAAACGAGUGUUGUUCAAGCACCCGUUCGUACCGCAUCGCCUUCUCGUCCGAUAUCAUCUGCGCAGAAGCCAGAUCACAAGAAUGAGAAAAAACAUGAAAAGGGUGAACGCGUCGAGCGACCAGAGAAAAAUGAGAAGCAAGAGAAACACGAUAGGAGUUUCGGAAGUCGACGUCGCCCGCCAAAAUACAGAGACCGCCAUGAGAAACGAGGGAAUAAGCCAGAACCUGUCAAAGAAGAAAAAGUGCUUUGUGUUGAAGAGGCCGCACCUCCCCAGGAGCCCGUAAUGUUGGAGCCUGCCCCAAUUCCUACAGUGAAUGCGUGGUUCAGAAAUAGAGGUUCAACAGACUCCAAUCACGGUUUGGAAUCAAGUUAUGUUUCAAACGUAGAAGAAAAUAAGCAAACAGAAGAAGUUGAGAUAAAGGACGAUAAUCCAGUUUCUGCUGCGGUGGCACCAAGUGUGGACGUAUCAAAGCCUAAAAAUGUAGAUCCGGAAUGGCCUACACUAGAUGCUGCGAAGCAGGACGAUGUAGUUGCUAACGGGUCAGACUCCCGUCAGCAUUCGCCAACUGCAGAUUCGGUUAAGGAGGAUCAAGAAUCCAUAGGAAACGGUCAAAAGUCAGUGAAGGGUAAAAGCAACUGGAAGAAGAUUGAAAUCGAUGUGGACUACGGCAUUAAGAACAAAGCUUCUGGAACUUCCCGAGAAAAAAUUGGCGCAAAAAAGGAAGAGAAGCCAAACGGGAACGUUUUACGUGGGCAUCCAACACCUGACUCUCCUGACGUCUGCUCAGCAGAAGAGACUGAAACCUGGGUAAUUGACAACACUACGAAUGGUAUUUAUUACACACAAGGGAGCAACCAAGGCUGGAAAAAGAAUUUGAGUGGCGAAGAAUCGAGUGAGUCACAAAUUGCUGGAACUGUUGGAUCGAUGUCUUCGCCAGACCUGUCUUCAACGCCCUCGAAGACGGCAACUCCGGCUGCUACAACUGUAAAGAAGCCCCUGUCGCCUCAUAAGGAAGACAAGCCUCAACCUCUUGCAAACGGAAGUAACAGACUCUCUAGUGGAUCCUCAAAAAGCAUGCGUAGUGACAUACGUAACGUGGGCACCAAAUCCGACUACUGGCACAAAAACGCUGAAAGGCGAGACAGUGAUAAACAGAGGGCAUUUUAUCAACGUAAUGACAGGUAUCAGUCCCGGAAUCCUCAUGCUCCUCCAAAACUGACUCCUGCACAGAGAAAGGCGCGUGGUCCACUUCCAGACUGGGAAGAAAUCCAGGACGGAGAAGAUAAUUUCGACUAUAUGAAUUUAAUGGACUCGCAAUACGCUCAGUACUAUGCAAUGUCAUCCAUUCCUCCGUUUGAUGGUGUUGGAGGAAUGGAUCCGCAAGUGGCCAGUAUGAUGAUACAGCAAGCGCAGCAGCAUAUGGCUGCAUUCGGUUUCCGACCUGCCAUACCGCUUAUGCAGCCGCAUAUUGUGGCUCCUCCUGAGCCAGUCGGGGUCGCACCGCUUCUUAGCCCUCAAGGUGCUGUCCUUACUGCUGCAAUUGGCGACUCUAUCAACACUGCGAUACCAUUUGCGCCCAUAUAUCCCACACAGCCUCCAUUCGUUCCUCUUAAUGACGAGACGUUGAAGGACUGCGUUCGCAAACAAAUCGAAUAUUAUUUCUCUGCUGACAACCUUCAAAAGGAUUUCUUCUUACGACGCAAGAUGAACGCAGAAGGAUUUUUGCCAAUCACUCUUAUUGCCUCCUUUCCACGUGUGCGAUCUCUCACCCAGGAUCUCGCACUUAUUUGUGAAGGAUUACGCGAUAGCGACAAGGUGGAACUGUCCGAUGAUGCGAACAUGGUUCGCCCACGCUUGAAUCCCACAGAGUGGCCCUUGACCCCAACUGUCCAUCCCGCACAACCAACGACUAGCCAAACUGAGGGUUUGUCAACAGCGAACGUUGCGUCGGAAGAAUCGACAUUGGAAACCAAAGUUGAUGAGAAGCUGGAACCGACGCCGAGCGCUGAAAAAACAAGCCACUCAUCGAAUGACAAUGCAACUGCUGCUAGACCGGAACCUUCUACUGUGGAUAAAACUGCGCAACAGCAGAACAGAGCAGCUUCUCCCCCGAAACAGGCACCAUCAGCAGAAGAGGGAUGGGAAGAAGUGAAACCGAAGAGAAAAGGAAAAGCUCGUGCCGAGAAGUCAAGCAUAAUGAAAGACGUGAGUGCAGAGCAGGAUCUGGACUUUCAAUUCGACAACGAACUCGAGACCAGCGCUGGUGGCGUGGAUGCGCCGAAAAGAGAGAAACCGAAAAGCUUCCGCCUAAGUGCCGAAACCUACGAAGAAAUCGGGGACGACAUUGUCAACAAGUUGAUUAUUAUGACUCCCAUGAAACGUACACUGGACAGAACUGGUGAUUUCACAACGAGAGCGAAGCAUCAAGCAGAAUUUAAUGAAGAGGUUGAAAUUGGUCUACGUCGAUAUGAAGAGGAGCUGUGGAGUGCACCAGAGAAAGACGCUUCGGUGAAACCAAAAGUUUCAACAAUAAACGAGGAGGAGUUUCGUUUACAAAGGGGCGAAGAUGCAACACGGACGACUCAGGGACCUCCUCCUGAAAUCCCUCUUAGCCAGCAGAAUACGCCACCCCCAUCUAUUUGGACGCAAAAGGCGAAGGAGCGCUCGGGCCUCAGUGUUGUGCCGAAGAGUCCUAUGCAGCGUCGUGAAUCGACAGAGCAGAAAGUGCCUCGUUUCUAUCCUGUGGAGAAGCCUGCAACAGUUAUGGAUGCGAAAUCACCUAGGAAACAAAAGACAAGACACAGUGCAAAUCCUCCCGUAGAAAUGCCUGUGGCUUGGGUGCUUGGGCGUGAUGAAGUUCCUCCUCCUGCACCCGUAGGAAUAGCAGCAAGCAGCAGUCAGAUUCCUCCUGCCCAUCCGUCUGUUUCUUUACUUCAAGAAAAUAACUUCGUACAGAAUGUAUACUCGAACUGGAGGCAAUCAUGCUUGAAACAACGGAAAAGCUUAGGUUACGACUGUGCUGAGAUGAAUACUUUGUAUCGCUUUUGGUCAUUUUUCUUGAGGGAUAAUUUCAAUAGGAAAAUGUAUGAGGAAUUUCGCCAACUAGCCCUCGAAGACGAUGAGAAGGGUUUCCGUUAUGGUAUAGAAGCGUUGUUCCGGUUCUAUAGCUACGGCUUAGAAAAACGGUUUCGACCAGAGAUUUACAAAAACUUUGUAAAAGAUUGCAUUAUCGACGUGAAAAAUGGACAACUGUAUGGUUUGGAGAAAUUCUGGGUGUUUAUGAAACGGUGUAAGAUUGCGAAACAGCUCGUCGUUGAUCCAUUUUUACAGAAAGAACUAGCUAAGUACAAAACGCCCGAUGAUUUUUACAUUACAAGUGCCGAUGACAAAAAGAAAGUUGCUGCCGCGAAGAAUUAG